AUAAUCAAAUUUUAUUAGAAAAAAUAUAGUUGAACGUAAUAACGGUUAUUUUAUUGGUUCGAUUAUAUAUUUCAUUGGUUCGGUUCAUUUUCAUUUGUGUUUCAAAAUUAUUGUAAUUUUAAUAAAAUAUAAGUAUUUAUUAAAUUGAUAUUAGUUACUAUUUGCUAAUAUAUUUCAUGAUGGUCAAUAAAUAUAAAGAUGAUAUGUGUCCUUGAAAAUUAAUAAAAAGCAUGGAGGAUGACAUUGAUAUUUAUGAAGACUUACCAAAUUUUACGACAGAGUUCAAUGAAAACUUUGUGACAAAUAAUGAAGAAAAUAUUGUAGAAGAACGUCUAAAAUUAAAAAAACAAAUUACAGAACUAAAAACAAGAUUGGAAAAUUUUCAAAAGAUUAAUGAAAAUUUAGAAAUUAAUUUAUUUUCAUUAUUGAAAACUGCAAAAGCAGAAAUUGCACGAAAAGAUAAAAUGAUAGACCAGUUAAGAAAAAAAUUAGAUGAUACAACAUUCAAAAGAGACAAAUAUCCUAAAACUAAUGAUUGUAUCAUUCAUAAAUCUACUUUUCGAGAAACCAUUGUAAAUACGCAUCAUAAAUCAACUGAUAUUUAUUUUCCUCCGAUCGAAAAAGAUAUUGAAACAUUGGUAACAGGUUAUUCAUGUAAUCAAACCAAAAAUCAACACAAUAAAUCUGCCUUAAUUCCUAUCACUGUUUUUGGUGAGCGAUUAGUUAAAAGAAUGACAGAUGAACAGAAUUUAGAAAAAAAAGACAAGCAAUCAAAUAAAUUAAAUAAUAGUAAUAAUGAUAUACUACAUAAAAGUAACAAAAGCUAUAUAGUUAAAAAUAACAAAGAAAAUGGUUUUUUAAGUGAUACUAAUUCUUAUAUUACAAAAGAAACUGAAUCUUCAAUUGUUCAAGAUAAAAAAGUUGAACAUAGGAUAAAAUCUUCAACAACAUCAAGAAAUACGAUAAAAAAUACUGAUUUAAAUGAUAAAAAUGAUAGCUCUAGACUUUUACAAAAAACAAUACACAUGCGAAAAAGAAUAAAUGAAGAAAUAAACAAAGAUAUUCCUAUAAAACGAAUAAAAUCUACUAAAGAAAAAUAUUGUUUUGAAACAAUGAGAAAAAAUGGAAAAAAAGAAACAAAUAAUAUAGUUUCUGAAUCUAAGGAAAAAUCUACAUUUCCUCUAUAUAAUUUUGAAUCUUCCACUCAUUUUAAUGAAAAGCAACAUAAUGUAAAAAAUGUUACUGUAGGAUGUACUCAUAAUUCAAGAAUAGAAUUGAAAAAACAUGAAAAUUUGAUUGAUAAUAUAAAUAAAGAUAAUGAAAGAAAAAAUAAAAAAAGAAAUGAAAAAAAAAAUGCUAAUGAACAUUCUACAAGACAGCAUAUAAAAUCUACUCAAAAUUCAACAUUUACUUUAGAUGAGAAAAAUAUAGGUUAUCAUUGUAUUGAAGUUUUUGAAAAAGAUAAUUAUCGAUCUAGUCAUAGUGAACAUCAUCAUAGAGAUAGACAAAGAGGAUAUCAUCAUAUUGAUAACCAUCGAUCGCGUGUAAAAUCAACAGCAUAUAUAAAAUCGAGUCGAGUAAAUCGAGAAGAGAAAUUUAAUAAAAAUCAAUAUAAUAAUAUAAAAUAUCGAAGUAAAAAUAUUGAAAACAUAGAAAAUAUUGAAAAAUUUAUUUCUGAUUCUUCUUUAUCUUGUAAUAAAAUAUCUACAUCAAAUGCUAUUCAUGCAUUAAAUGAUUCACAAUCAAAUUCAACAGAAAAAAAAGAGAGUAUUAAUAUUUUAAAUGAUUUUCGUAAUUAUAAAGAAGAUUUAGAAACAUAUCAUUUAUCAGUCCCAAAUAUUAAUGAAAUUCUUUUGUUUGACAAAAAUCAAACAAAUAAAGAACUUUUAAUAUCUAAUGAAAAGUUACCAAAUACAUCUAUCUUACAUAUUUCUGAAAAUAAUUUUAUUAAAAAUAAAAAUAUUGAAACACAAAUAAAAAAAAUGAUACCUUCAAAAGAUAUAAAAAAUAUAUUGGAAGACAAUAAAGAUAUUGAGUUAAAUUUUAUUAAAUUAACGGAAAAUAAUUGUCUUUCUAAUAAUAUAAAACAACAGACAUUGAAUCAAAUGGAAAUGAUAGAUCAUUCAUUAAAAAAUACUGUAAAAGAUAAUAUUCUUCAAAAUUCUUGUACUCACUCUACCAUUCUUUUUAAAUCACCCAAAGAAAUAAUUGAAAUACAAACAGAAAAAAUAUCUUCAAAAGAUAUAAAAAAUUUAUUACAAAAUAAUAAAUCAAUUGAGUUAAAUUCUACAAAAUUGCAAGAUAAUUAUUUCUCUGAUAAUUCAAAGAAACAGACAUUAAAUCAGAAAACAAUAGAUUAUUCAUUGGAAAAUACUGUAAAAAACAAUAUUUUUCAAAAUUUUUGUUCUCAUUCUACUGUUGUUCUUAAACCAUCUAAAGAAGCAGAUGAGGAAAAAAAUAAUCAUAUUAGUAUAACUACUAUUAAUGGCAUUAAGAAUGAUAUUAGAAAUAAUCACAACAAUUAUUGCAAUGAUUAUAAUAAAUACAAAACUAAUCAAAACAAUCCUGAAAAUGUUAAAACGACAAUGAAAACAGAAUAUGAAAAUACAAUAGAUGUCAUAACAGAAGUAACACAAGAAAAAGAAUGUGUUAAAUAUAUAGCAAAAACGGAAGAAGUAGAGUUAAAAGAAUUUAGAAAACCAUUACAAAAAAUUGUAAACAAUAAUAAAAACACAAAACUUACAUCAAUGAAUAUUCAUGGGAAAAUAAUUGUGUUUGCACGACGCAAAAAACCUGUAUGUUUGGCAAACAGCAAUGCAAACAUGACUGUUCUCAUAAACAAUAAAUAUAAUAUAAAUGUCGAUUUGCCAAGUACAGAAAUUAAACAACAUAAACAAGCAAAUAUGACAUGACUAAUACAAAUUGAUUGAUUAUAAAAUGGACAGAAAUUAUAAUAAUAGAAUAAUAAUAAUAAUAAUAGUUAAUAAUAAUAAUAAUAAUAAUAAUAAUAAUAAUAAUAAAAAAUUAUGUCAAUAUAAUAUACUAAAUAAUAAUAAUAAUAAUACUACUACUACUGCUACUGCUACUGCUACUGCUACUGCUACUGCUACUGCUACUGCUACUGCUACUGCUACUGCUACUACUACAACUACUACUACUGCUACUAUUACUGCUAAUAAUAAUAAUAAUAAAUAUUGCAUUUGCAAAGCAUCAAUACGUAAAAUUUAUAUAAUGAUGCAACUUAAUGAUAUUAUAUUUCUAAUAUUAUUACAGAAAACUGUAUAUAAACUUUUAUAUGUAAUAAAAUAAUAUAAUAUAGAUAAAAUAACAUAAACAACAUAAUAUAUACAAUAAAUUUUUAGGUUGUUUUUAAAUGAAUAUUUUAUAUUUUCACUAUAUCUUACAAUGAAUCAAUAUUUUUGAACAGUGUUAUUAAAAAUAUAGCCAAAUAGUUCUACAGUUUUCAAUUUUUUUAAAUUUCUUAAUUUGCAUAUUAUAAAUUUAUUAAAUUUAUGGAAUUAAUUAUUUUUAAAACUGUAUCAUAUAAAAAAUUGAUUGAACAUUUUAUACUUUAUUAUUAUAUUUCAUUUAAUGGAAAAAUGCAAAUCAUUUAAUUAUUUUAAUUUAUCUCAUUAUAUUGUUCGUAUGUAACUAGAAACAGUAUAAAUAAUAAAUAUUGAAAAUUGCAUGAAAAAUGUUAGUUAAAAUUAUAGUAAAGCCGAUGAUUAUACGACGUAUCUUUAGAAAGCUCAUUAUAAUUACGUUAUAAGGGAAAAGCUAGUACAACGCAGUGGAACACGAUAUGACACGAUCCGACAUACAGAAUACUAAUAUUGUACAUGUUAUGCGCUGUCGCAGUCGAAAUAAGCCGAGUAAAACCGAAAGAGAAAGAAAAGAAGUAUGAGCAUUACUAUAUCGUGUACGAUAGUACCCAAUUAGUACUAAGUACGAUUUCAAUAAUUGUUCAAAACAUUUAAAAAAAUAUAUUUCUAAUAUAAAUAUCAUAUAAAUAUUUAUCAUAAAUAUGUAUAAUUAAGAAAUAAAAAAAAAAAGAAAAAAGAAAACAAAAAAGAUAGUUUAUUUGAGAUUGUACGAGUCGUACAUAACGAAUUCACGACUACGAGUCAUUCAUCUAGUCUAGUUUCCGAAUCGAUUUCUCUACGUUUAAUACGUUCGUGUUGUUAACAAUCUUCAACUGUCGAAUUAUGGGCUCAGUCGUUUUAAAAUCUCUCUCAGUUCUUCUUGGGAUAUUCUUCGUUUUCGUUGGUACUAUGAAAUUGACUUCUCAUAUUAGUAAGGAUCUGCACAAGGAUUUG